AUGUCGGAAGAGAAUCAGGAAAGGGAACAGCAGUUCAUGGAAGACAAGAAAAAGAAGAAAGAGGAUAAAAAGAAAAGGGAAGCUUCCCAGAAGGUGACUGAACAAAAAGUCAAAGUGCCAGAAUCAACCAAGGCCAGCUCCACGCAGUCACUAGCCACUCCUGGCUCUGUGUCUCCCAGCCCUGGCCCCACUCCACCAUCGUCCCCCUGCCCUGCAGCUGGGUUCGCUGUUCCUCCGGGUGGGAACAAUGCAAACCGGGCGGCUGUGGCCAACGGACAGCCCCCCACCGGAACUCAGCGCUAUAUGCCCAGAGAGGUGCCCCCACGAUUCCGCUGCCAGCAGGACCACAAAGUGCUUCUGAAGAGGGGCCAGCCACCACUGUCCUGCAUGCUGCUGGGGGGAGUGAGCGGUAGGGGAGACGCACCCCCUCUUUCACAGGGAGAUGCCCCCAAUGCAACCACAUCUAGAUCCACAGAUCCCAAUCUGGGUUCACCUUCUCCUUCACCCCCCCACUCUUCACCCUCAUCUUCAGUUGCUGCUUCAACUUAUGCAAAUUCCACAUGGGGGGUGGGCUCUGGCAGCCAGCCCCCUUCUCAGGGCUGGGAGAAGGUGAUAGUGGAUGGGAGUGACCUUGAAGAGUGGCCCAGCAUUGUGGGUGGGGAUAGAGUGGGUACCGAGGGAGCAGAGCUGGAUGUCCCCAACAGCAGUGCCUCAUGGACUGACAAAUGCACCCAACAGCAUCUGAGGACAGGAGGAGCAAGAGCUGGGAGUUCAGACAGUCCUUCCCCACCCCACUCUUCCCCCUCGUCACUCACUGAAUGUGUCCUGUCUGGUGUCGUGUGGGGCUCUUCCAGUCAGCCUGGAAUUGGAGUGGCUGCAGCAGCAGAGGGGCCAGUGCUCAACAAUUCCAAAGUCUCCUUUCUUCCUGGGACUCAGGAGAGCCCUGUUCGUGUGAACAGUGGGAUUCCUGGUGCCAACUUCAACCCUAAUGCCAACCCUUCAGCCUGGCCUGCCCUUGUGCAGGAUGGAACAACAGGGGUUGGUUCAGCUAUCACCGAAGCUGUGCCCUCAUCCAUCACAACAUCCUUCUCUGCCAGUACCACCCAUACUCAUCCACUCUCCUCUGUGAAUCAAGCUAGCUAUCAGCACCAACUCCAUGAAAUGUCUGCCAGGGAUGGAGCACAUCUCCAUGGGGACUGGGGGGGCUUGGGGCUGGAGCUUGGAGAAGGACCAAAUCAAGGAGGCAGAGACCUUGUGGACAGUGGGGUUGUUGGAGGGAGUGAGCAUCUCUCUGCCUCGUCAUCCUCCUCCACAACCUCUUCCUCUUCAUGGAGAGCUUUGCCUCCCCCCUCUAACCUCAACACAGGUGCCUCUAAGACUGAUGGGUGGGACAGAGUAGGGGGAGAUGCAGCUCAGGAGAAGGAGAAAGCUGGGUUGGCAGGAGAUGAGGAGUGGGUCAGGGGAAAUGAUGUUAGCUCAAAUACCCCAGUGGUAUCUCAGGGAGCAUGGGAUGGGGCUACAGAGGAGGGUUGGGGCGGUACACAGGGGUUGACAGAUGUCAGGGGUUCCAGCAACCCGGCAAUAGGAAGUAGCGGUGGAGGCGAGAGCAGCAGCAGCAGCAGUGGAGGUAGCGGUGGUGGUGGUGGCGGCGGCAUAUCCCAGGAUUCUGCCUCACCAACAUUUGCUACUAUGACAACAGCUUGGGACAAUCAGAAAGGGGUUGAUGCUGUGGGGAAAUGGGCAGGUCAAGGUGGCAGAGGAAGUGGAGACCCCUCAUCCUCCAGUGGAGGAGGGUCCAGAGCUGGGAGUCACAAUCGGAACCAUGAGCAUUCCCGCCACCGCUCCAGCAACCCACCCCCCAACCCUGAAGUGGCCUUACAGAGCAUGCUCAGCCGGUCGGACCUGGAUCCCAGGGUGCUGUCCAACACUGGAUGGGGGCAGAUCCAGGUACAGCAGAAUGUGGCCUGGGACCUGGAUACAGGAGCAGCAAGUCAAAAUGAGGGAAGCAGUUCCCCUGCAUUUCCAUCUCAAGCUGUUAGUUCUACUGGUCGGGCAUCUACUUACCCCGCAAGCAACAGCACAAUGACUACUGAUCCAUCUGCUGGGGCCCAUAUGCCUACUAUGAUCACUGGCCCUGUACCUUCAAAGGGCAGCUGGGAUGACGAGUCAAAUUGUGCUCCACCAUCCAACAUGCGGAAUUCUGCUCCCUCCAGGAUGCCAGUGAAAGAUAUUGAUGGCAGCCAGGGAAAGACGAGUGGAGCCUGGGGCGACGUCAGUAAUUCAGAGAGCCAUGGCAAAGGCUGGGGCAGUGAGGAGCAGGAGGGGAGAGACCGCAGAGGGGGUGGAGGUAGUAACUGGAGAGAUUUCGGAGAACAGGGUGGCGGAAGAGUGAGUGGCUGGGGAGGUGGUCAGGAGGAGAAGGGGACUGCAGGGGACAGUCAGUGGAGGCUGGGGGAAGGGAGGGGCAGAGGUGAAGGCAUCACUGACAAAGGAUCUUGGGGUAACAUAGAUGAGGGAGGCCCACAGAGGAGUUGGGGAAGUGGAGGUGACAUGGGCGGCAAACCGCACCAGGACUGGUGCAUGAAGCCGCAUUCACCACAGAUGCCAAACAGCCAAGCGGCAACACUGAAAGCCCCAAAGCAACAGCAACACCAAUCACAGACCCAACAGCCACCAGGAGGCUUGGGCAGGUCAGGAGGUCCUCCCACCCAGAAUCAGAACCAAAACUCAGGCUGGACUGCUGGCCCCAUCCCUCAGAUCCCUGUUGGGCCUGCUGAGGCCCCUGAGCCCAGCGGGUGGGAGGAGCCCUCCCCUCAGUCCAUCAGCCGCAAGAUGGAGAUUGAUGAUGGCACUUCAGCCUGGGGUGAUCCCACCUGCUACAACAGCAAGAAUGUGAACCUGUGGGAUAAAAACAGUGCCCCCUCUGGUCAGCCACCACCACUUCAAGGCCAAACUCAACAGGGUCCACCUACAUCCGUACAACAGCCACCACCAAGGAGACAGCCUGCGAUCCCAGCUAACCAGGACUCAAACCCUGGCAAUGCACCUGGAAUGGGCCCAGGUAUGUGGGGAGGGGGUGGCAACCUCGUUGGACAAUCUGUGGAUAAUGGCACUGCUUCCUGGGGGCAGACUUCUGAUGCACCAUCUGGCUGGGGAGAUCCAGAUAACUCAAGCAAAACUGCUGGUUGGGGAAACCCCUCAUCUAAAUCUGGUUCAACGUCGGUGCAAGAGAGCUGGGGCAAAGGAGAGGGCCCAGUUCCAGCCUCUCGACACUCCAGUUGGGAUGAGGAGGAGGACGUUGGUGGAGUUUGGAACAGCACAGGCUCACAGACCAGCAGCAACUACAACUCUGGUGGCUGGGGGCAAGGCCCCGGGGGAAAGAGGGGCAACUUUAAGGGUGGAGGUGGAGAGAACUGGAUGAACCCAAUGACACGACAAUUCCAAAAUAUGGGACUCAUGGGCGAGGACUUGAGUCUUGAUAAAAAGUUGGAAGGAGAUAAGAGGGGGAUGAACGACUACAGCGGUGAAAUGCGGAGAGGAGGAAGAGGUGGUGGAGGCUACCGUAUGCCCAGUUCCAAAGACAUGGGGCCUGGAGACAUGGGACCUUACAGUGACAAGAUGGGUGGUCAUGGUUUAUUUGGUGGCAGCGGUGGGAUGCCUCCAUCUCGGGGAAUGCGCCAGCCUGGGAUGCAUCCCAUGAACCCCUCCCAAGGGUUACGCGGACAAGUCCCUCAUCAAUUCAUGUCUGCGCAGGUGCCGGGUCCCAUGCUAAAGCAGAUACCCUCUCCUGGCAGCAGUGUUGGAGGAGUAGGUGUCGGAGGAGGGGUGUUCCCACCUCAGCUCUCGCCACAGCAACUUGCUGUGCUUAGUAACAUUUACCCUCAUGUGCAGCAAUUCCACCUGGCUUGUCAGCUCCUUCUGCAGCAGCAACAGCAGCAGCAGCUCCUGCAGAACCAGAGGAAGUUGCCCCAGCCUAUACACCAGCAGACUGAUCCACAGCAGCUGGCUAGAAUCAUGGCUAUUCUGCAACAACAGAGACAGCAACAACAGGGAGUGGUAGGCGGAGGCAGUGGGAGCUCCAAACUGUCCCCAUCUCUUGGAGGGGCACCAAAACAGCCGAUGGCAGACUCGAUGCCCCACCCUGGUAUGGGUGGCCCCUUGUCAGAUCUUCAUGCCAAAACACAGGCGAUGUACUCUGGUCUUGCUCCCGGAGGCAAUCUGUCUGGGCUGGAGCUGGGCUCCAUGUUGGGGGGGGUGAAGGAUGGAGGAGGGCAGCAGUCCCGCUUCAAAUGGAUGAUGGAGGGUCACUCUCCGGCCCCCUCUCCCCCAGAUACAGCCCAUCACAAGAAUGGUCCUUUACCCAUGGCCAUGAAAGUUCGAGAGGGCUCCCCAUAUUCACAGUAUGAGUUGCUCGGAGUUGAUGGGUUGGGAAUGACCCCUCAGGGCCCUUCUGACAACUGGCACCGUACCCCUGGAAGCAAGAUGGGCACCAUGACUGGGACAUCCAGCUGGCCCCCAGAGUUCCAGCCUGGAGUGCCCUGGAAAGGCAUCCAGAGUGCCGACCCGGAGUCGGACCCGUACAUGACCCCUGGCAGUGUUCUGGGCUCCCAUGGACCCUCCAGCCUCAGUGACUCUGACCACCAGUUACUGCGAGACAAUACAGGGCCAAACCCCUCCCUCAACACCUUGCUGCCUUCACCAGGUGCCUGGCCCUACAGUGCCUCAGACAACCCCCUUGGCAAUGCACACAGCACAGCAAAGUACUCUGACUACAAACCCAGCUGGCCCCCAGAGCCCAUUGGACACAAUAAGCCGUGGAAGACCAGUCGCAUCAGUUCCCAGUUGCCACGCCCCCCUCCUGGACUAACCAGUCAGAAACUGGCCUCGACAUCCCUAUGGGGCAGCGGAGCCCCGCGUUUGACCAGGGGCUGGGGAGAGGGCGGGGGCAGUCAAGAUUCAAGAUUUGGGACAGGCUCAGCGUGGAAUGAUGGUGUGGCCUCCAGAGGCAGCUGCUGGCUACUGCUCAGCAAUCUCACCCCUCAGAUUGAUGGUUCCACGCUACGGACUAUCUGUAUGCAGCACGGCCCCCUGCUGACCUUUCACCUCGGCCUGACCCAGGGCAGCGCCCUGAUUCGUUACAGCACACGUCAGGAAGCAGCCAAGGCCCAGGGUGCACUGCACAUGUGUGUUCUGGGGAACACUACAAUCCUGGCAGAGUUUGUGAGUGAGGAGGAAGUGGCUCGCUAUUUUGCACAUUCCCAGGUUGGAGGUGCGGAGGGGGCCAGCCCAGGGGCAGGGGUGGCCCAGGGCUCGUCAGGAACGCACACAGUGGUGUGCAACAGCGGAGGGGGCUCCCCGGGGAGUGAACGAGCAGCAAUUGGAGCAGGAAACAAUUUGGGUGGAAACAGCGGUGGAGGAGGGGUUCUGGGUAGUGUGGGGCCUUCCAGCUCCGGCUGGCAAAGUUUGGAUGGUACGGGCAGCUCUCCAGAGGCCACCUCAGCCCAAGGUCCUGGGCUUGGUAUUUUUGCUCAGUGGAGCGCCAACGGGGCUGGGAAGGGGGUAGGGGGUGGGGUGGGACGGGUAGAGGCAGGGAGGUCUGGGCUCUGGGGUGGUGUGACCCCAGGUUACUCCAGCAGCAGCUUGUGGGGUGCACCCCAAAUGGAGGACAGGCAGCAAAUGGGCAGCCCAGCUGCCCUGUUGCCUGGUGACCUGCUGGGAGGAGUGGCUGACUCCAUCUGACACACCUUCACAUAAGUAUAUAUUUAGACACACGACAUACACUGGGAAACACAAAUACAUAUAUAUAAAUGACUAAAUAUAACCACGUAAACACACGCAUACACAUAUAACUGACUAAAUAUAACCACGUAAACACACGCAUACACAUAUAACUGACUAAAUAUAACCACGUAAACACACAUAUAUAUAUAUAAAUGACUAAAUAUAUCCACGUAAACACACAAGCAGAAAUGUGAGACAUGCUUACACACAUUCUCAUGGCCAGACUUAAGCUAUUCUAUAAACAAAUGCAGGGACUGUUAGACGUGUAAGGCCUUUUUCCACAGAUGAAGAUUUAAACUGCUAGACUUGAACCUGAAAAAUUAGUCUGUCGGUCUGAGACUGGCUGGAUUGCAUUGUGCUUAGUAGGUGAUUUGAUGACAGACUUACAUGGACAUGCACACACCAAAUACAAACUAGCCUUUGGACAGAUGGGCACUGUAACAGCAUUACUCGCAUCAUAUAGGAAAACUAUGUGAUGCAGGACAACCUGCAGUUUCCAUUCAUGCCCCUUAUGGAGACUGAAUCAAAACAUGUGCAAACACACCGCUCUGAUUGAUGACAACUAUCUUAUUGUGUAUGUUAGUUUCUGUUUUGUAUGGUUGUUUUUAUUUUGAACAUUGGAAUACUGAAAUGUAAUUGUUCCUUUCAAAUGCUGACCUUCUACUGUUGUUUUUCUCUCAAUCACGUUUGUUACUGUUACUAUGAUAAUUGUUGAAACUCUGGCAGUAUGAGGGAACAUUGCAUUUCUCAGAGAGUGGGAUACUGUGUGUGGAAUACUGUGUGUGUGUGUGUGUGUGAGCGAGUGAGAAGGAGACCAAGUGAUAAACCCCUGUGUGUGAAUGUGAGGAUAAUGUAGUGUGCAUGUUACUGCCUGUCAUGAUUAGUGUGUGAGGCUGCUUACAGAAGGUCUAUAAAUCUGUUUUGAGUGCAUUGGUAUACUGCUGACUGUGUUCAAGAACAUUGGCACUAAUGCUUAGUUUUUUUUUCUCUCAUUUUAAGAUUAUUUUUUUUGCAGACUGUCUUUUUUAUUGUCCGAACUGCAAUAAUAAUAAAAAUUUUAAUGAUACAAAGAGCUGAAGGCAUAUGUAUUGAGAAAAAGGACAUGCCAAAUCUUAUCAAACUGUGGAGUGGUGGGGGGGUUGUUUACAAGACACAGAAAAGAGUUAACGUGCGUUUAUAUGUUUUGUUGUGUAUCGUUUUAAAUUAAGGCAGGCUUUAACACUCCUGUUCAGUGUUUCGUUUUGAGAUUUUACAAAUAAAUUUAUUUAAAGAGUACAAGAUUACUAAUAAAGAUGAAAGUAUUGGC